AUGGCUGCGCGGAGGUACUACGAGCAGGUCAAGGUGGACGGCGAAGUGUUCAACCGCGGAGAUUGUGCGUAUGUCAUCGGUGACAAGACGAGAGAUUUGGACGACGACGAGCUGGAGCCCUGUGGAGCGUGCGGCGAGUGCGGUGAUGAGGACGACGUCAUGCUUGAGUGUGACGCUUGUCUUCGGGGCUGGCACAUGCGAUGCCUGCAUCCGCCGCUGGAAGAAGUUCCGGAGGGUGAGUGGUACUGCCCCAAGUGCCUGUCGUCUGCGACUGGAGUCGCCGCUCCGGCUGAGAACGGCAGGCGAAUGGCGCACACCGAAUUCCUCUCUGGUAACUUGCACCUGUGCCGUAUCGAGUGCAUCUGGCAGGAGGCCAAUGGGAAGUUCAUGUUCGUGGGGAGGUGGUUCGCCACUCCCGAGGAGACGCACACGGGCCGCCAGGCGCACCACAGCCGCCGCGAGGUCUUCCUCACCAACAACACCGACGAGAACUGCGUCGACUCUCUCCUUCGCAAAGCUGCGUCGAACAAAGACCCGGCACUCGUCGCGGCGGAGGCUGCGGGGGAUGACGUGUUUCUGUGCGAGUACACGUACGAUCAGCACUUCCACAGGUUCAAGCGAAGGACCGAGUGGGACGACGACGAUCUAUCCGACGACGACCUGCCCGGUGGGAGGAACUUCUUCCACGGGGGACUCACGCUGGUUGACGAAGAUGACGAGGAUGAAGACCUCGACGGAGAGGACAGCGACGCCGACAUCGACGACUGGGGCGGCCGGCACAUCGCCGCGUCGCGUCGGGAGGCAGCCGCGGCGGCGGGUGAAUACGGGGGCGUCAUGGGUCUCGGAGCCGUCGCAGUGCCGCGAAUCGACAAACCGGUCCCGACCACAGCGCUGGGCCGCGCGAGGCAGGCACUGUCGCUGGCGCACUCCCCCGGCACUCUUCCGUGCCGCGACAUCGAACGCAAGAAAAUUGUUGACUUUGUGGAGCAGUCCAUCAACGCUGGUGCGCAGUGUCUGGGCAGGUGUCUGUACAUCUCGGGUGUUCCAGGCACGGGCAAGACGGCGACGGUGCGCGAAGUGAUUCGAACGCUUCGCAAGAAAUCCAGGGACGGAUCGCUGCCCAGGUUUAAUCACGUGGAACUCAACGGUCUCCGUUUACAGACACCCAAGCACGCGUACUCGGCGAUCGCGGAGGAACUCAUGGGCGAGCGCCUGUCGCCGCAGGUUGCAAACGACGUCUUGGAUCGGCGAUUCAAGGAGGGCAGGGGCAGCGACGGGCGCGUCACUGUGCUGGUGAUCGACGAGAUGGACCUGCUCGUGACCCGCACGCAACAGUUGCUGUACAACCUGUUCGAUUGGCCAACGCACCGCGCCGCGCGACUGGUGAUUCUCGGCAUCGCCAACACCCUCGACCUACCCGAGCGUCUGCUUCCGAAGAUUCUAUCGCGCCUUGGAAGCAACCGAGUUUCGUUCCAGCCAUACUCUGCGGACCAGCUGAUGCAGAUUGUCAAGGGCCGGCUUCACAACACGGGUGGACCGGGUCUCAUCAACUCUCCCUUCGAGGAUACCGCGGUCCAGCUGGCGAGCAGGAAGGUUGCCGCGGUAUCAGGAGACGCGAGACGAGUCCUCGAGCUGUGCAGACGUGGAGCUGAGCUCGCAGAGGCGAGAAAAAAGCGUUCCAAUGCGGUGGACAUCAAAGAUAUCCAGGCGGCGCAACGGGAGAUGUUCCAGACGCCACACAUGCAUCUGCUGGAGGCGGCUUCUCGGCACGAGCGUAUUUUCCUGGCUGCUCUCGUCAUGGAGCUUCGCCGGAGUGGUCUCAGCGACGCGUGCAUCACGAACGUCAUGCGCACACACGAGCAACUCUGCAGGCAGUUUGACGAGCCCUUGCCCCCCGCGGGCGCAGCGGCGGCGAUCGCGUGCCGACUCGCGUCCAUUCGCCUGUUGCUCGCGGACCCGGGUAGGAAGCGAAGCGCUCAGCGAGUGUCGCUGAAUGUACCGAGGGACGACGUCGUGUAUGCGCUGAAACAGAGGGAGAACAACGCAGCAAAGGCCGCGGCGGCUGCGAUGAAAGAGAAGGGGUUGAAGACGAGCGCCGUCUCCAAGGAGGAAUUCGCCGAGUUCGACCACGGCGAGAUCCCUUGGCUUCGCAACCACCCGGGUCUGGGCUAA